UGGAGGGAGGAGAUCGGCGCAGGGAGGGAUUCCGACAGAGACACAACUACUGCAGGGAAAUCUCCCCAUUGUGGGAGGGGCAGAGACACAAACUACUGCGGGGAAAUCUCCCCAUUGUGGGAGGGGCAGAGACACAACUACUGCGGGGAAAUCUCCCCAUUGUGGGAGGGGCAGAGACACAACUACUGCGGGGAAAUCUCCCCAUUGUGGGAGGGCACAGACACAAACUACAGGGGGAAAUCUCCCCAUUGUGGGAGGGGCAGAGACACAAACUACUGCAGGGAAAUCUCCCCAAUGUGGGAGGGGCAGAGACACAAACUACUGCAGGGA